GGCGGAUGGUUCGAACGUUGACGGCAAAUGUUCUGCAAAGAUAUGAAUUGAAACAAAAUAAUUUAUGAAGCAUAGUUAACCAAUCAGUAUGAAGAACCAGCUGCAGUUCAACAUGAGCGUGCCUCCAUCUGCCUCAAACCUGGCCUUACGACAUCAAGUUAUUGACCCGAUCAUUGUGGAAAAAAUUGGAGCAGUAGAUGGAGGCAGAGUUAUGCCCCCUUUGGCUGUCAAUGCUGGGAAAACAUUCCAGUUUCAGGCUCUUUCACAAGACAAACUAGACAUCGCAGUUCAGUUGGCAAAACGAGACAUGAAGAAGAAAAAACUCGCAGAAGUAAUGGGUCAAAAAUCAAGGUCACCAAAUGAAAGAGAUCAUUCAAGGUCACCCUCACCACUCAGUCGAAGAGGAACAAAAAUAGUAAAAAGCAGGGAAUACAGAGAAAGACUCAGACAACAGGAAUUAAAGAAGAAAAAAGCAAAUGUGCUGAAAAUAAGGGAACGGGUUGGGAAGGGAAUUCUUGGAAAUAACAGCAAACAGGGAAAGCCAUUGGUAUCAAGAGAAAGGACUGGGAGUCCAACUCCUACCUCCCAGCUUCCAGUAACAACGUCCUCUCCACCUACACGUGACUACAACCCCAGAAGAGCUCUCACAAAAGAUGAGCUUCAAUCUUCUGAAAUUAAGCGCCUGCAGACAGAGAUCCAGCAAUUUCUGGUGAAAAUACAGGAUUUGAUUCAGGGAAUUUUAGACGGAGACAUGAUGCGGGAUGGUACAAUUAAGCUGAGAGGUCAAGAUGACCUACAUUUGGGUCAGGAGGAAGGGGAGGUAAGAAGGCGAUUACGAUGUGAAGAACAAGCAACGCGCUCAUCACGGACAGUCUACUUCCUCAAACAACAGGUGCGAGGGAUACAGGAAGACUUCACUCGUUUGGGUCCAGAGAAAAUCCUACAAGUGAAAAUGACUCAAACUCUAACCCGCCUAGCUUCUGCCCAUCGAGGUGCUGUGAGGGCAUUACAGACAUUUGUCACUCAGUUACAAAACCAGCUGCCCCGUGAGGGCCCCCCAGCUGGGUGCAGGGAACUGACAGGACUUGUCAAACAGUUAACCACUCUGUCAUCACAAAUUGUUCAGAAUGGACAGACAGACGCACAAGACAAACAGACGGAUGCUCAGACAACAGUCACUCUUCUAGGUCACAUUGAAGAUCUGCUAUCGGUAUGGGAGGAGGAAAGUCGAAUCAUUCAAGCAGCACACAAAUCGCCAGAGAGGAACAUCAACUGUGACCGACCCAAACAAAGCGGAUGCAAGGUGGACACCAAGAAGAGAGGUGUGUUGAAAAAGGCAACCAAAUCCACUGCUGGAAAGUUUAAACCUCAGUCUAAGGGGAGACAAUCAGUAAAAUCUGCUAGCCCCGAAAGACGAGCAGCCCUCAGAGCUGGCCUGGCUGCCAUACUAAGGGAAGACAACUCCACUGGUCGCGCAGCGGGGCCAGGGCCAGAGGAAGACAGCGUAAACUGGAGGGGGAUGAGGUUUGAGCCUCUGUCCCUACCAGCAGAACACAAAGGGAUACUCUUGCCCCCACACUUACAGCGACCUCGGCCUGCCCCCACAAUGGGUGUUCCCGCAGUGCCUAGUGGUCAUUUUGCAGAACCUACCAUGUCUUUUAACCUGAAGGCAGUUGUCCCCCAGCGAAACAAUGUCAGUGAACCCAGGUCAUCCUCUGCUCCAGCCUCCCCUAGCAGAGGAAGAAGUCAACCACCUGACGCCUACUGGAUUCCUCCAGGCACCCCAACUCAGACCCGUAAACUGAGCACCCCACGCAGCCGUUCACACAGCCCUGGGUGUGUCACAUGUGCCAGCCUCAAUGCUUCCAUGGAGGAUCUCUCUGUAGAACUGUUCAGGGAGAAAAGGAGACAAAAAUCGCCCAAAGGUCAUGUCCAUUUUGCAAGUUCAAGGUCUAGGCCCAGGUCAAGGUCGCCAUCACCAAGUUAUAGAAGAUUUCCUGUGGCACAACACAGUGAAGAAGAUAUUGCCAGGCGAUUGGAGCCCCUAUACAGCCAAUCAGAGUUACUAGCCAAGAAGCAAGAGGCAGCGAUGAGAGCAAAUUUAGACCGGAGGAGAAACUUUCAGUUUGAUUCUGACAUUGAUCAACAGACAAGAGGAGAGGUACUGAGUGAGUUAUUGUUUAAUGACCUCCUCACCAAUACUGUUGAAGAGUUCCAAGCUAUACAGGGAAAGAACUCUGUCACCGAACAAGCUGCCAGUUUGAUGAACAACCCCUCACUGGAGGUGAUGGUACAGCGACUGGAGCAAAUGGAGCUUGAGCAGGAAGCGAUACGACGUAGGUGGACAUCAGUGAAGUUUGACACAGAAGAGAUACGCAGAUGUGUUGUUGGUGAUGACGGACCCUCCGACCCUGGACCUUUAGAUUUGGCAUCAUUUUCCAGACACGAAGUUGAGCGACUGAAAUUAGGAUCAAGGCCAGAAGCAGAUGUUGGACCUAUUUUGUUCACAAAGGUGAAUAAACCAUUCAGGGCAGACAGGGACAGACAACCCUUGCCUAACUCUGUCAAUACUGGUGUUCCUGAGGUUAUAACCAGAGUUCCUGUCAAACUGCCACAGGAAGUUGUCAUGGAGAUUAGAAAAAAUGUGGAGCAGUAUGAGAGCUACCUAAAGAGGACGUGCCACCAUGUGGCAGGGAAGUUUGAUCCCUGGCAACUCGUUAAGGAGGUAUCUGAUGAAAUUAUCGACGACUGUCUCACAGAAGUUGCUGGGGAACUAGAAGACAUGAGCUCUGACAUUGUCAAUCAUCUGUACACCUCUGAGUUUGCCGUGACAACGCAAGACCCACCUUCGGCCGCUCCCCUGGAUUCCUUUGGUUCCUGAUCUCAAAUUCAAACCAAACAAAAAGUGUCUGUGAUAUAUAAACUAUUGAUUCUGUAAUCUUAUAAUAUUUAUAGAAAAAGCAAGUAUUCAGUUCAAUAAGAAACAAAAAUUUUUAGGAUCAUGGUUGUUACUGUCAGACAAAACAUCUUCUACGGGUAGUUUCUUGGAUAUGGUGUAGGCUUAAAGAAUUGUGGUUUAUCUGCUCCGGCUGGAACCAAGUCCUUCACCACUGUCUGACAAAGACGUCCUGUAGGAAACACAUUGAAUGAGCUCAUGGACACAUCUGGAAUAUCUCACUGCCUCUAGUUACAGACAAACCACUGACACCACUAAAACAUGACCUAAAUCAAUAUACAUUCUGUAAACCAGACCAGUGAGUGUUCGCCUUGGCCCUUGGUCACUGUCCCACAAAGACCUCCUGUAGAAACACUUUGAGUGAGCUCACGGACACAUCUGGAAUAUUUCCCUCCCUCAAGUUACAGAUAAACCACAGACAUCACUGAAACAUGAUCUGAAUCAAUAUACAUUCUGUAAACCAGACCAGUGAGUGUUCGCCUUGGCCCUUGGUCACUGUCCCACAAAGACCUCCUGUGGGAAACACAUUGAGUGAGCUCACGGACACAUCUGGAAUAUCUUACUCCCUCAAGUUACAGAUAAACCACUGACACCACUAAAACAUGAUCUGAAUCAAUAUACAUUCUGUAAACCAGACCAGUGGGUGUUCGCCUUGGCCCUUGGUCACUGUCUCACAAAGACGUCCUGUAGGAAACACAUUGAGUGAGCUCACGGACACAUCUGGAAUAUCUC